AUGCAAUUUUCUCUAUUUUCCACGAUUAUUGAAGUGAUGAGACAAUAUGUGAAUACUCCUGAGGGAGGACUGGUUCCCAUCACCUGCAUUGACAAAACUAUUGAAUGGCUCGAAAAUCAAUGUUACUGGACUUUGGGUUCGAGAGGCACCUGUUUAGAUGGCAGAACAUCUAUAGUUAUCGAUAUAACACCUAAUUUCCAAUCGUUGUAUUAUCAUGUAUAUCAACAAGCAAUGUACUUUUAUGGACUUUCAAACUAUCAUUCAUCUGUUCGUUUCUCGAAUGAGGUUUCUCCCGAUUGGGCGACAGCAGUGAUUCCUGCAUGGUUGACACGAGUUUUGUUACUAAUUGGAUGGACUGAACAAUUUUUUGGCAAUGAAUAUGUGGACUUGGCGAAUGUGAUUCUCCGAUUGAUUCUGAAAAAAAUGCCGGCUGAAGCGAGAAACGAAAAGCGUUCAAGCAUCCAUUGCUGGGCUAAACAAUUGUAUUUUUCUCGAAACAAACUUGCGUGCGAAUUUUACUACAAACAGAGAAGAACAUGCUUCUUAAGCCCAUCGGAAGAUGUUGAGGAAAGGGCCGAGAAGCUUCGAAAACGGAAAGAACAAUCGAAACCGAAUAAAGUUAAGAAGCCGUCCACGAAUGUUGCAGGACUUAUCAGAGAGACAAGUGAAGAACAUCCCCCGGCGGAUGAAUUGUUUGGAGCCUCAUUUCUACACAGCCAAGAAUAUCCAGAAUCAAAGUUAACGAUCACAAGAACCAAUAUUGAUAAUCUUGCUACAAUCACCCACGGACCCAUGACUCUUAUGCCUACUCCCUAUGACAAAGAGCGAGAGUUUGGAAACGCUCCAAACGUAUUUUUUUUACUGGAUAAGACUGAAACAAAGGGGGUUAUGACAGAGGAUGAGCAACCAAAAUUGAAUGUGGAUGAAGAUCUUAAAACCAUCAAUGAGUUCCAAAAAGAAGAACAAGAAAUUGUUGAGCUGGAAGAAAAGGAUGAGCUGAUUAAAGAAGAACCGAUUAUCAUGGCAGAGGACGAUGAUAAAACAUUAAAGGUCGAUGAUAAUCCUAAUACCAUCGAUAAGUUCCGAAAAGAAGAAGAAGUUGUUUUUGCUAUGAAAGAGAAAGAUGAUCUGGAAAGUGAGUAUGUGAAGGCGUUGAAAAAAGAAGUGGAAAGACCGAAGGAAAAGGCCAGAAGAGUAGAUGAAAUGGAGAAAGAAUUGACUGAAAUAAAACGACUUCAGUUGAAGUUGAUUGAGAACACGGUUCGGAGAGAAAGUAAAGGUGACAACCAGUAG